AUGUCACACCAGCUCCCACCCAACCUAGCUGAAGAUGAUCUUCAAGCUGAACAUCAACCCCCAGUCUCAUCAGCUCCAGCCCAUGACCUCUCCAUCUUCAUCGAUCCCUCCAAUCGAUUUCUUCCGAUGCCAACCAGGAAAAAAAAGAGGGUUUAUACCUCUUGCAGGCAGUGUCGCAAGAGGCGAUGUGCCUGCUCCCGCGAAUCUCCUUGUUUCGCCUGCGUUUCCAGGGGAGAAGGUGAUCAAUGCGAUUGGACUGGGGCGAGUCCUCAGUUUAUUAAGCCCAAAGGUCAGAUCCAUCGGGACCACUUCUUGAGCAGGCAAGAGAACCCUGCUCGCCUUAGGAUCCAUCAAGACCUUCAGGCCCUCGACACCCGGCUUGAAUAUCUCACCGAUCUCGUCAAGCAACAUGCUCCUUCCUCCGCCUCUGCAGUCAACAAACCGGAAACCGUGCCCGUAACAAACUACCACGUCGACGACAUUGCAACUCAGCUCAGUCGGUUCACAUUGAAUCAAGCCAUACCCCAGUUCCCGCCGGAACGUCCCCUGACAAACCCCAAUGCCCAAAUCUCCAUCAAAGAGGUUGAACAAUAUGUGGAAGAGGAAGAAAGGAAAGCCAAGCCGGUUACGUUCAACAUAGGAUCUGGCAAUCCGCUCACUACGCCUGACCCAAACAAAGAGAAUCUUGUCUCAUCCUCUGCCACCUCGCCGGUCUUGCAAGGUCUACUGGGUAUCGGAAAAGGCCCGAGCUCCUUUGAGGGCAUCAUGGCAGAGCUCCCUAAAUGUGUGCAGAUUAAGGCCUGUUUGGAACAGUUCGAGUAUCACAGAGCUUGGAUGCAUCGAAUCCUCCAUCGUCCCGCUUUCUGGGACCAAGUCUAUGUCCAAAUCAAGCAUAAUUUUUCGUAUACCGAUCAACGAGCACAAGCACACUGGCUGGCCAUUUUGUUUUCGGUUUGUGGAUUGGGGUUAUUCAAUAAUGUCGUGCAAUCAGAGGCGGCUUUGAAGGCCUACGAAUUACCCACUUCAGUCAAGGCACAGCGCGCCUUGGCCUUACGUUGGUGCAGAGCCGCAACAAGCUGUUUGGAAGUCGGCAACUUUGAAGAGGCCCCCAGCGUUGAUUCAAUAUGCGCCAUGGCAAUUUUGGCGCAGCUUCCUCUGUACACAUCGAACGGAGAGACAUUAGGUUUGGCCUUGGACUUUAUUGCAAAAGCUAUUGAUCUAUCAGUGAAGCUGGACUUGCACAUUGAUCCAGAUUCACAUCCGACCCAUCAACAUUCUACUGAUCUGGUGAAGCAAAAUCGAAGGAGACUGAUGGUUGCCUUGUUAUGUCAGCACUACAAAAUGGGCGGAUUGCUCUGCCAAGAACAUGGACUGCGACCUCUUGAACAGUUCUCAGGCCUUCAGCUACCGCUUGACCAGUUCGACGAAGACUAUGAUUUAGCCAAUGGCCAGCUGAAGGUGCCUCGAGCCCCUGGCUCUACCCAUACCAUCAUGACUGGGGUUCGGUGUCGCUUCCAAGUCUCUCGCAUCUGGCAAGAAAUUGGGAUCAUGUUUUCCAACCCUGCCGAUCCUCCUACACACGAAAGAGUCUUGGACAUCCACAGAAAGCUCAAAGAGGUCGAAUCAAAGUGGCCUGAAACCAUCCAGACACAAUUCAAUCCGGCCACUUGUUCAUUCACACCGCCAUUCAAAUUAUUGCCAACCAGCUCACCAGGUCGACAAGUUUUGCUUAUCGAUCGAUUGGGCUGCUUUGCAGUCUUUGCCGCAGCAAUGGUUCGACUUCACAGAGGGUUUUUGAUGGAAGUUGAUGGUGCUCCCAUCGAAGACAUAAAAAUGCAUCGCGAACAGGUCUAUUACUAUGGGAGAGCCAUGUUGGCUAUCCAUCGUGCGGAAUUAUUCCCACUUGAUAAUGUGCCAAUACAGUUCUUCGUCUUGUCUUCUACCAUAUCAUUGGCUGUCUACUGUUUGACCAACAAUUUAAAUGAUGAAGAAGACAAAUGUCAGAUCGUGGCGACAGAGCUCAGGAAAGUAAAAAACGUACUCAGGCGAUGUACGGCCAUGAGUUCAAUUUUGAGAAGGACCUAUGCAGUUCUCGAUUUUGCUUUGAACAAAUGGGAGUGGAUGCAGAACCGUACCACGCCAGUUGACGGUGGAGCUCGUAAGCGGGGUAAGACAAAUCCCGAGGCCAACCAACAACUUCCAGACUUGGCGAAUUUCAAUCAAAAUCGACCUGAUGAUCGAUCAACGGCAAAUCCCCCUGAAGGAAAUUCCUUCGAAGGUUUAACGAAUGGGGAACAUACCAGUGAGGAGUCUCGAGACGACGAUAGCCUUUACCGCAUUUUUCUACAAGAUCUUCCAUUGACAGAUUAUCUCGAUUUCAAUCAUGAUCUCCAACACAAGUCUGAGCCUGUUGCUACAUUCGCUACCUUGCCAAACUUUCACGGCGUUCCCCAGAGCUUCGAUUUUGGCAACCUUUCUCAGCUUCAUUCUUUGGACACAACGGCUGCUACUACCAGCACCACUCAUACUUCCAAUGGUACGAAGUCGGACGGAUCUUCGGUAACCUAUCUAUCCACACCAUCGUCUUCCACAAACCCAUUGCUUGCAUCCAUGUUCAAUGAUCAAGAACUGAACUCGUCACCCACCUCAUUGAACCCAGCGGCAACUACGUUCCCUUUUGGAGUUAGUUUCGACAAACCCCAAAACACUGCACCAUCGUUUGCCGAAUUACCUUAUGCAGCCACUCAUCAACCGGCAAUCAACAGUUGUAAUGCAAGUAGCAGUGUUCCUGUCAAUGUUGAUUCUUCUCUUGAUGCAAGCUUCACACACAAUCAGUUAGCUGGCCACAAUUUCAGUACCGCUGGCUACAACCUUUCCAAUCAAUUCAAUUUGCCUGUCAACAGUAGCAUCGCUUGA